AGCCGUCUCGAUCGAGCAUUUGCUUAGAGAGCGGCUCACAUCAUUCACCUGACCCAACUCCCCCUUUUUCUUACCAUGGUUGUUCUUGCUCGUCUCCGGUGGAUUCAGCGCCAGGUGGCCACUCGGCGUGUCCACAUUUCCAUCGGCGAGGCCAAGGACCCCGUCAAGAUGAAGUACAAGAUAGUGCUGUCUCCGGAGCGUGCGCCUCCUGGUCCUGCACACUCGCUGGUGGUUAGCUCGGUCAUCGAGGACCUCAUCAGCUCCCUCGGCACUCUGUCUGCCACAGAUCGUGGCCAUGCACAUAGCGACGGUACCUCAGUUGUGCAGAUUUGGCUGGACAAACCACAGCUUCGUCGCGAUGAUCCUGUUCUCCCUUCGCGUGCCGAAGAAGACGAUGGGGCAAAGGCCCCAGCACCUCGUGCUGCGCCCGCUGCGCUGCCGAAGGACGAGCAGCCGGAGGAGGAGGAGUUCGGCAAGCGCUCAGCACCUCGGCGCCGGCGCGGCACGCCCAUGCCGAGCAGAGCUCCCUCGGUAGGGGCAAGCUCGUGUCACUCGGCGGAGAGGCCUGCUGCAACCACUGUGGUUGUGGAGGACGUGAAGACCAGCGCAGACGGGAAGACCGGUGCAGCUGGUGUAGCCGCGCCGCCUUCUGCGACAGCGCGCUCUUCCGCUCCAGUGCGGCAUGCCGAUGAGCCGACUCCAGUGCCGGAAACGCCCGAGGCCAUGGUUUCGGCAGCUGUGACAGAUGAAGGAGCUUUCAUGCAGCAGCCUCCCGCGGUCUCAGGCCAGACGCCUGCUAGCAACGUGGUGGAUAUGCAGGCCCUAGUUCGACAGUUCCAGGCACUUAGACAACAGUUGCCGCCCGUGUUGCCUCAAAGCUGGGAGAUGGCACGCGACCCUGCGAGCGGCGUGACGUACUUCUUCAAUCGUGUGACAGGUGAGACUAGUUGGCUGCCACCGCAUAUGUAGCGUGCAUCAUGUCUCAGUGUAGCAUUUCGCAUUUUGCAGUGUAUACCCUGUCGGCCAGACACAGUUUGAGGGGAAGCCAUUCGACACAUGCUUGAAGCUUCUGCACACACUGGCCAGGUAGCUGUGUAGACUGGACGGUUUCGGCAGCCGGUCGCGGCUCGUAAAUCUUGUGUUUGGCCCUGGUUCGGCCCUGGUGGGCCUGGCGCUAUUUCUCGGACACCCUGAGCCCAAGCUCCCCCCCUGCGGGCCCUCCUCCUCUUCUUCUCUCUUCCUCUCUUGCGUCCCCCCCUCUUGGGGGGGUGCGUGGGCUUAGGGAUCGUCCUCUCUGCGUGGCUCGUGGUCUGGGGAGUCCUCGUCGCCGCCGUCUCCAUCCCGCUGAAUCUCUGCUCAAUC